AUGGAUGAUGACAACACAGACGCCAUGGCCGCAGCCAUGGGCUUCUCGAGCUUCGGCGCACAGCCCAGCGCAAAGCGGCGCAAGUUCAACAGCAACACCGACUCGUUCAUCGACGCCCCCUCCCGCAACACCGACCAUGGCAACGGAGCCAACGCGAUGCCGCUAGGCAUCCGGUCGGCAAAAUCACAACCGUCGGCGGCCGCGCCGCCGCCGCCGCCACAGCCCAAGCAAAACGAAAACGAGAUAUCGCUCGAGGACGACGAAGACGACCCCGAACCCCAAUAUCUGGACACCUCGCGCCCAGCCGCGUCAGUUGGAACGGCCCCCACCCCCGGCGAUGCCGCCAUCCAGGCAACCAUUGACAAUAUUAUCGGAUCGACGGGCGCUCCCGGUCCAGAAGCUCAUCAUGUCGGUGGGCAUGGUGAUCGACACGGUCCUCGUCAGGCAGGAGGCGAUCGGCGUCGAGGCGGCGGUCAGCCUUGGUGGGAAGACUAUUACGAUCCUACCGCCAACAUGAACCCGUGGGAGAAGCUGGAGAAGCAGUCCGGCCUCGAGCCCCUAAAUAAUGACUGGCUUAGCUGGGAGGAGUCGAAGGCUCGGUGGGAAAGCUUACAGACUGGGACGAGCCAUCAGGAGGCUGCCUCAGCUGCGGCGUGA